CUUGGCAUGGCGCAGGCUCGUUCGACCGACGCCAUUGGCGACAAAAACGACGUCCUCGUCCUUGUCUGCAGCUGGAUGAACAGCGCGCCGCGUCACGCGGCCAAGUACGCUGCGCUCUACAACGACAUCGGGUUUCGCCACACGACGAUCGUGCCCAGCAGCGGCCUCGAUUUUUUUCUGCCAGCGUCCUCGGUGCACGCCGAGACGGCCGCGCGCCUCUGUGAUCCGACCAAAACGCUGCGGCUGCACGUGCACAUCAUGUCGAACGGCGGUGCGCGGUCCUGGUACUGCCUCGAGACGCAUCUCCAGCGCCUCCAUCAGCCGUAUAUCGUCACGUCCUUUGUGUUUGACUCGGCGCCGACCUUGGUUCGCGGCGGCUUUACGGACCCGACCGUGUUUGUACAGCACAUUCGGAACCCGUUGGCGCGCGGCGCGCUCUACGGCGUCAUGAAGGUCGUGCUCUGGAGCCUCAACGCGCUUCUGUUUGUCCUGCAUCGAGACCACGUACUGGCGCUCAACUUCGAGUCGCAGAUCGCCAAUACAGGGGCGAUCCCAAAGCUUUUUUUGUAUUCGCGCGCCGACAAGCUCAUCCCGCUGGCAGAUUUCCAAGACGCAAUGCAAGCCGCCAAGGACACUGGAGCGACGGUGCAUGGCGUCGACUUUAUGACGAGCCCGCAUGUUGGCCACUACCAGGCGCACCCCGAGGCCUACCGCGCGGCCCUUGCUUCGUUCUUGUAACGGCGUCGUCGAAUACGAGUACAAAAUUGUCCUCUGCUUUUUGGAUAGCGUUCAGAUCCCAGCUAAAUUAGCCGUGCCGAGCCUAUGAAACCAAAACGUCCUGCGAUUGAUGAUCGAUCU